CCUUUGUUAAUUCUUCGUUUCUCUUUUACACUUUGUAGAAACGGAAGCUGCAGUUAAGCCCAGAGCAAUGUAGCAACUUUUAUGCAGACCAAUAUGGAAAGAUGUUUUUCCCUAAUUUAACAGCCUAUAUGAGUUCUGGACCAAUAGUUGCUAUGGUUCUUGCCAGAUAUUGUGCAGUCUCGUACUGGAAGGAGCUGCUUGGACCAUCAAACAGCAUAAGAGCAAAGAGAACUCACCCUCACAGCUUAAGAGCCAUCUAUGGGACUGAUGACCUGAGGAAUGGGCUUCAUGGCAGUCGCAGCAUUUCCGCAGCAGAAAGAGAAAUCCGGUUCAUGUUUCCAGAAGUCAUCAUGGAGCCAAUUCCCACUGGACAAAGAGCCAGGGAUUACUUGAAUCUUUAUGUGAAGCCCACGUUACUAGCUGGGCUCACUGCACUGUGUAAAGAGAAGCCUGCAGACCCAAUGAUCUGGCUUGCUGACUGGCUGAUUGAGCACAAUCCUAACAAACCCAGGCUACAGCAUCACGUCACCGAGAAGAAGCAUCAGGGGUGA